AUGACUCGUGGUGUAGUCCUGUUUGCGCUAUUUUUGUUCUACAUAAUAGAAAUACAAGGGCUCCAGCCUGUGUUUCUGUUGCAUGGAAAGGACUUAUAUCUGGAUAUAAAUGAACCUGUUAAACUUGAAGAAGAGACAAAUGUGUUCUGGAACUUUAAUUCCAGUAACACUAUAGCUAAAUGUGAUUUUAAUAAAGAUCAAUUCGUAUAUAAGAAAUAUGCAGGAAGGGCUGAGCUGUUUGGACCAAAUUACUCUUUGAUAUUAAAGAAUGUACAACACAAUGACAGUGGAGAUUAUACUGCAGUUGUGAUCGGCGAAAAACAGAAAAGGGUAGCUGAGUACGAGGUCAUAGUUCAAGAUCCAGUGACUCCUGCCAAGCUGACAGUGGAGUCUGUGUCCAAGAGCUCAGACUCCUGUAACCUGACUGUGACCUGCAGCACAGUGGACUUUAACAUCAGUAGUAGUUUCAGAUGUGAUGGUAAAAACUGCUCUCAUGCAGAAGAAAAGGAUUUGAAGGCCACAAAAAAUUUUUCCUCUCUAAUUGUUUACCUGCAGCAAGACACCAUUUUCUGUAAUCACAGCAACCAAGUGAGCUGGAACGUGACUAAGAAGGUGCUCAGAUCUUUCUGUGAAACAGAGACAGUUCCCAGUGGAGCCAUCAUAAUUGCAGCUUCGACUUCUGUUCUCUUCUUGUUGACUCUCUUCAUUACCCUUUGCUUCAUCAUGAAAUGUAAAAGUAAAGGCGGGAACCAGGAAAAUACUAUAUAUGCGGUUCCUGAGGAUAUCACUCCAGGCCAGACUCAAAAUCAGACUCCCUCAGGACACGAAUCAUGUAAUUCUCCAACAUCUACUUAUGCUUUGGUGGAGUUUCAUACUGCACAAAAAUCCACUAAGACUGAAAACAUCCCUCAGCCAGAGACGGUGUAUGCUCAGGUGGACAGAGCUGCAAAGCCCAAUUCUACAGUCCAACAACAAACACCCAAACCUGAAGAAAACCAGUAACUGUAUUUAUAAUGAUCAACAGAGUUCACUGAUGUACCAUAUGUGCAAAAUGUGGAUGUUCAUGUUACUGUGAGGGAAAAAUAUGGAUCUGUUCACUCACAUGUAGCUCACUUUAGACACAAAGGUUUGGUUGCUGAAUGAUAUUGUGGUCUAGCUUAAAGGUAGCUGGAUAUUUCUCUUAAUUUGAAUUAACAGAGCUAGUUAACCCAAUAUUUAUUCUUUCAAAGUCUUGUUUUUGAGAACAUGAAAUAGGCACAGAGUUUACAGACAUAGCAACAAAGUGGGUAGAGUCAGCUAAGCACAGAUAUGUACCUGCAGACUAUUGUGAAAUAGCGGCAAUAUUUAGUAAGUACUGUUAUUACAUUAAUAACAUUACAUAUAUAUAUAUAUCUUCUUUUUUAUUUUUUUUAUCAUAGAUAAUAGUUGUUUCAUCAGUAAUUGUGGCUGCACAAGCAUUUUACAGCAUGUUGUACUCUGUAUGAUGACUGUGCAUGUGACAAAUAAAGGUUGUUUGUUUGUU